AUGAAGAGGAAGAAGAAAAGUUGCAUAGGACUAAGCAACUGCUCCUUCGAGCAGUUUAAAGGUAACCACUUGGCGAUCUGUCUGACACCUUCCCUCUUUGGCAUUCACUUGUUCCUUACCCUCACCGCUAUCCACCACUGCUACCCUUACCCCCUGACACUCCUAGAAGGAAUCGACUUCCUAAAACAGACGGACGCAAUUCUGGACGACGACAUAUUUGCCAUUCUAAAAAGGGUCUGCUCCUACCUCUUCUUCUGCGUCAAGAAUGACAACUUCGAGUUUGUCAAAAGUUACGAAAAUGCCGAAAGGGCGGGUAAGGCGAAAGGCAGCCAAAGGGCGCAAGUAGGACAGGCGGCACAAGGUAUAUCAGCAGUAGAAGCCGCAACAGACGCAACAGCCGCAUCUGCCGCGGCGCCGGCGAGAGUGACCCCCUGGAGGAAUGCCCCCCACGGCAAAAGUGAAACGACGAUGAACUACGAAUUUGAAGAUGAGGAUUUCAUAAUAGUAAAAAACAUAAACAGGCUGCUGCUUAACAAACUGAUAGAGGACUACGUUGGCUACCCCUGGCUGUGCCUAACCCUAACCGAAUACUUAAAUGACCUGGACUAUCUUAUGAACAAGCAGGGGAGAAGUAAAAAAGAGGAAGAAAAGGAGGCAGCCAAGGAGCCAGCAAUGGAGGCUGCAGGCGAGGAAGCAAAAGAGGAAGAAAAGAAGGAAAUAAACGCAAGAAAAAAAGUGUAUAAGUUGGUGAAGAAAAUUACGCAAGUGAAGAAGACACACCAGUUACAUACUUCUCGGGGGGGACAACCAAAUGGAGGAGGAAAAAAAGCCAUUCACAAGUUAGAAGCGAAAAAUAAAUAUAUUAAUUACCUCUUUUGCUAUUAUAACAAUUUCUUCCUUUCGUCAAAUGGCGGAAAUGGGGAAAACGCCCAAGGGGAAGAUGUUAUAGUACUCGACCCUGUUGAUAAUGCUUAUCGGUGGAUAUACACCGAUGAGGAACACCCGAGCGGAGUCUGUGCAGAAGAGGGUGAGAAGCAUCCCAAGAGGGAGAAACACCUCGAUAGGGAGAAGCGCGUCAGAAUGAGCAGUGGGGUGUCUCCCCCAACGAAGCGAAAUGCUCACUUAAAGCGGAGGCGCAAAUGUUAUGGUGUGAGAGGGGUGGACGGGCAGGAAGGGGUAGAAGGAAAGCAGGAGGUGCCGAGUCAUACAGAGCGGCAUGGCCCCUUCCACGAGCAGGUGCAAAUCUCCCCCGGGAAGGAUCAUCCUGUUCAUUGUGAGCAAAUGUGUGACCCUAGUGAGGGGGACAAAGGACGUGCAGCCAAGCGGGGAAGAAGGUGUGAAGAGAAGCGCCAGAAGCGCCGCCUAGAAAGACGCCUACAGAGACGCUUAGAACGACGUCAGCAGCGGUGUCAGCAGAGGCCCUCACAACGAAGAGGGGCCCCCCGAGAGGAGAGCCCCCUGCGGCACCUGUACAAAGCGCUGUGUGACUUCCUCUCAACCAAAUACGAAACGAGCAAGCUGCUAAAGUUUAUGGACGAGUACAGAGACAUGUACGCAUGGAAGCCCCCCCCUUUCUACUGGAAGAUACUGAGCAGCAAGUAUGUAGUGAAGGAGAUACUAAAGCUGUAUGAGGACCGAUACCUAGACCCCUUCCUCUCCUGUCUGUAUGAAGAUUAUGUGAACAAAUACUACUUCGACGAUGAGGAGAGUAGCAACAUAGCCACCUACACGAGUAACUUCAAUGUCUUCACACUUCGAGUAAGUGAAGAAAUACAAAAAUUCCUCCUUUUGGAAGAACCAGAAGAGGAAGAAGCUGUGUUCAGAAUAUGCAAAAAUAUAUGUGUGAGUGAAAACUCUUAUAUCUAUGCUCAGAUGAUCCUUGAGUAUAUGUAUAGGAACAACAACGAUAGUAGCAUGAGGAGACUAUCUCAGUUUUUGUCUCUCUACAUUUUGUAUAAGGACAUCAAUCUGCACAAGAUAUGCAACAAUUACUUCGCAAAGGUAGUAGAGAAUGAAGUCAGCAUCACUUUUUUAACCUUCCGAAUUAAUAAUUUAAACAGCUAUAGCACUCUUUAUAGCACCUUUCGAAAUAUAUACAUGGCUAGGAAUAAGGGGUGCAUGGAGAUAAACCACUCGGAUAUUGUCAGUCUGUAUGAUGCGAUAGUGAACGUUUUGAAAAUCUUCAAUGGAAAUAAAUUGCUUCUGUUCGAUUCGACUUACUUGUUUGCCUCUUAUCGGGGGAGGAACCGCCUCCGGGGAGAAGCAACUCGUGAGAGGGAUAAUCUAAAUGAAGGGAACACCAAUCUGAAGAGACAACUUAUUUCCUCUGCGGAUGGGGAAGACCAAUCUUUCCACUUCCACCACCGAGUAGAAGAUGCAGAUUUUAAUUCGAACUUCUCAAACAUCAACAGGAGCAACCUGGAGGAGGUGUGCAGGCGUGGGGAUGUACCCACUACAAAAGCAGAUGAUGCCUUCUCUGUGAGGUCUUCUCUUCCAGGUAGUCCAUCCGAGAAAGAAGAGUCCCUUUUUUCAAAAGGGGAGGAAGUUGAUAACCCAAGUGAAGAUAGCCUUCCUGCUCUGAGGGGAGCAGACCCCAUUGGAGAAAAUCAAAAUAGCCUGUUUGGAAGCAGCCUCAACAUUGGAGGGAAGGAAAGAAUGGACGGAGACGAAGGUGAAAUUACCGAAAUGAAUGACAACAAAACGGAUGUGUCCAAUCGAAGCAGCAAAAAUUUGAGCAACGAAAUUUAUAGCUCCAUCAAAUCGGAAGAUUUUGUAUCAAAUGUGAACUCAGAAAACAACCAAGUAGAGAUGAAGACAGGAAAGACAAAAAGCACAGCUAGCGAGUUUCUCCUUCCACCAGCGUCUCAGUAUGGAAACGAAGAUUUUAAUUACAACAAAGAGUUUCUACGGAUCAAUAUCUAUGCGGAGAAAAUACCUCUUAUCCAUAUGAGAGACAUUGUCUUCCUCAACAAUGCAAUAAAUAUAUACGUCUCCAACAAUGAGCUUUUUUCUAACAACAUGUACAGACUGUAUGGGAAGGUCCUCAUUUUUUUAACUACCUACUCUCCGUAUGAAUAUGUGUACAAUCACUACUACGCUUCGUUCUUUAGGCGGUGCGGUGAGGGCUCCUCCAGGAAGUACUCCGCGGCGUACUUCAGCGUUUACGACGAUACACUUUGGGAGUCGGACGGCGUCUCGGGGGAAAGUGACGACGAGGAGGCGGGGCAGCCACACGAGCAGCGCAAACAGGAACAACAGGAAAAACAGCAGCAACUUCCACAUCUUCCACAUCUUCCACGCCUUCCCCACCAGCGUGACGACCGACGCAGGGCACUCGAGGCGAACGCCCCAUCGGAACCAAACCUCGCCCCAGGCCUCAGCGCAGCGGGGAAACCCACGGGCAAGAGGACGUACCAGCAGUUUUGCCAAGUGAAGAAAGAACCCGAACGGAGAAAGUCGAUACUAAAGAGGGGAAGGAGCUACGCGGGGGGCGACAGCGAAGUGCAGGCGUGGAAGAGGAGGCAAGAAGUGGAUAAUGCCGAAUUGGCGAAGCGCAAAAAAGGGGAAGUGCCUCCACUCGUUUUGCAGACGGGGCAGAUGGGGCAGUCCGUUUUCGAGACGGAGAAGACACACCAAUCCUCUUUUGAGACGGAGCAAUGUUCCAAAGUAACGAAAGAGAACUGUAAUCCCGCUGAUGUGGACAGCCCUGUUGAAGCUUCUAAGGAAGGAGCGCCGGUUGAGCAGGAAAAUGUGACUGUCUCAGCGGCGGUAGAGAAACCAACAGAGGAGCAUCGGAAGAGACCGCCCCCAAAUGAGGCAGUCCAAAAGGGUGGUGAUGCAAAUGCCGCAUCUUCUGCUGACCCAGUGCAGGAGGAUCCCGCAAGCGAAACGUUCCCUUCGCAAACUCGCGACACGCACAACUCAAAUGCCAGCAACACGGCAGAUGAUAUGCUCGAACUGAGAACCGAAGUGAUGUCGUGCGAUGAAAUAAGAAGCAGCAUUUUUAAAAACGUUAAGAGCAAAAAAAAAUUGAAAAUAAAUCCAACAAGUAAAAAAAAAAAAUAUUAUUUUUACAGACUAUUUCAAAAAUUUAGAUUAACGUACAACACUUUUUUGAAAUACACCCAAAAUGAAAUAUAUCAGAUAUAUCAAAUCAUUCAUGGGAAUUACUCCGACGCAACUAAGGACAAACUUCUCCUCGCUCGAGUGAAUAGCAACUUGGCAGCGUCUCUCAUUUAUCGAUAUGUCUACAUUAAUGUGUACGAGCAUGUCAAUCAUUCGCGCGUUAAUUUGCUAUACCCGAAGUUCAUUUUGCUGAAAUACAUCGUAGACAAGUACCCGCAGAAGCGGCACCUCGCGCUGCACUUUUUGAAGGAGCUGUACACGUAUAUAAUUGAGAAGGAGGAAUCCCUGGAGGAGUUCGUCGAGCUGCGGGAAAACCUAGUUCUCUUUUUCGUCUACUUCCUGCGCUUCGAAAAUAUGUUUUGCUAUGUGGUGGGCGUCAUCAAAUCGAUGGUUCACCUGCUGGACAAGGCCCUCAUCAGGCUGUUCAUCAUCAAGACGCUGGCCUUCUGCGCGCCCCCAUAUGACUUUAAGUUUUGCGAGUGCCUCCUGAACUUCAUUCACUUCGUCCUGAAAAAAGAGGGCGUCUACUACAAGAACGAGUUCAAAAGAGCCAUACUAAAAUUUCUGGACAACAUUGCGGAGAUGCACCGCAUGUACCAAAGUUCGAAGACGAAGGAGGUAUGGGACUCUGCUACACCGGGCGUCUUUGGCUCUGCGAAGGACUUCAACCAGGGUCGAUACCUCCUCGGUUGA